CCCCCCAUCCGCCCUCGUUUUCUACCUGCUGCAGACGCUCAACAAUAUUCACCUAAGUUAAAGAAUCUCUCCUUUUCCUUGCAAAUGGUGCUGCACAUGGCCAAAAUACGUAGCAAAGAGCUUUUGGGCUGUCCCACGUGGUUGGGCAGUAUGCGACCUGGACGAAAUGCAGACGAGCUGGUCUCGAAUGAAUGACAUGUUUGCACCUGUUCCCACCCGAGUGUGGCGCAAAUAUGACACCCUGAUGAUGAUGCCCAAUGAAUAAGAUAAAGAAAUUACCUUGACGGGCACGCGCUGAGGAGAUGAGACAAGUAGGCAUCCACCGCAAAGCUCACGAGCAAUGCCCCAGCAAUUCCCGCCCAACCGGGUCUUGUAGUCUGAUCGUUUUUGAUGUGCACAUGGUCCAAUUGCCGAUUUCGAUACGCUUUCCUUUCGCGUGCCACCCUCGGAACAUUGCUGGAAUAGGUUACCCAAGGGACCUGAGAUCAUGCUCACGCUGGGAUGAGACUGCGCGCGCUGAAACCAAUAAAGAUAGAGACACAGCGUUUUCACCAACGUUGGAUCUUGUCACCUUCACAAACGUAUUGGACCAGCGAGUAGAUCGGUAUAUUGGACUGGGGUAUUGGUGUGGGAAGGUAAAAGUUUCUACUUGGGGACUGCAGAGGAGGGCUUUGUAUCUGGGCCACAGCUUGACAGGCUUGGCGCUGGCGGACAGUCAGCCGGCGUCGGUGAUGUUUGGACGAUGUACCUUUACGAGCCCAGCAGCUGAGGCGAGUUCUAGCAGCUCGUUGGCCUUGCUCGGAACCUCCGACUUGUCUUCCUCCUUUUCUGUUGUCUGCAUGGGUCGAGCUAUGGUAUCUAACUUCUGAAAAGCCCAUCAAUGGAACCAAUCGGACGAGCGAGCAAGUUGCGCCUGGUGGAAGGCACCUUCCCCGUCUAUCGACAGCAUUGCUUACUGCUAUCACAUUGGCCGUUUGGCGCAAUUUGACGCAUUGGCCAAACGUUCCA